CCGGGAAUGCUAAUCUCGACAUCAAAAUGCUCCACUAGUGUGCUAGAUGCAAAGCCACCCCAUUUAUGCAUUGAGCCAGUGCAACAGCUGAAGUACAGAACCAGAUGCACUUUAGAAUCCCUCAGUACAACCAUAAUUGAGAUGGACUUUCCCUUCCUGAGAUAUAUACAAGGCAAAGUCUUUUUAAAUCAAUGCUGCAAAUGGCUGGCAUAUCCUAAGGCCCGAUGAGGGUCGAGCGGUGCUAGAUGAUUGCUACAGCCGGGGAUGCUACAUAUCAAGUCGGUUAUUGGUGGAUAGUCCAGCGGGACUGAUGGAAAUUCUCAUUGGAACUUUUGGAACUCCACUGGGCGGGAUUAAGAGCGUU